AUGGCACCUACUAUGCUUCCUACUCCGACCCAAGAGAAGAUUCUCACGAAGCCCGACAUCGAAGAGGGCCUAGUGGCGCUCUCAGAUGCCCUGCGCAUCCAGGCCCCGCAGCUCGGCCUUCAGCUCCCCAUUCGUGCCGUGGUCGCAGGUGGGGCAAUCGCCGUUGUGAAGUUCGGCACACGGACCAGCACGCACGACGUCGACUUCGGGCUCGGCGCAAACCAGAUCAAGCUGGAAAACCUGAUCCAGCAGAUAGCUGACGGCGUGUCGGCCCCCGCGGCGGACGGCGUACGGGCGCACAAUCUCUUCAACUUCUGGUUCAACCCUGCUUUCAGCUUCUACCUGAACGGGCCGGCGUACCAGGGCACAUACGCGGAGGCGCUCCGGCAGGGCGAGAUGUUCUUCCGCUCCGAUAGCCUUGAAUUGUACAUCGCGCCCUGGAAGUUCCAGUUGUACCGCAAGAUGGGGCGCGUUACAAAGGCACUUUGGCAGACUAAGGAGCGGAGGUUGACGGACAUCGAGGACACGGUCGACCUCAUCCACCAGUUCAACACGCGACGCAAGCAGCCUCUCACGCUCAACGAAUUGCGGGGCUGGUACCAGGACCCAUCUACGAAGCUGGACCACCCGGUCGCACAGGAAGCCGCGCGGAUCAUCUCCGAACGGUAUCGCGCGAAGUAUGGCGGGAACUUCAGGCUGUAG